AUGCCUCUCUCGCCCUGCAAAUUUUGGUUUUGCCCACCACAUCAUGGGCCGCCACGCUGUGCUGGGUUCUUGAAUCAUGGAGCAUCUCCGAACAGAUUGCCAGUCCAAAAUGACAUCAACCCUGGAACCCUUAAUCCCCAUCCAGCGCUGGCUACUAUCUUGCUAUGCAAGGGUGCACCUGGUCAAAUGCACGUUUAUCUCGGUCCUGUCGUGAUAUGGCUGGGCUUAUCGGACUCGUGCAUCACGAAGCGAAAAGAGGAGCUUUCAGAGGAUGAAGAUAGGCAUCUGUGGACUUCUUUGCCUUUGCCACUUCUUGAUCAAUCUCGCCGUGGGAUGACUGGCCCUCGCCAGAGCUGUGAAGGUUUCUCGUUGUCUCACACUGGUUCUAGAACUGGCUCGCGACCUGCCAGGUCACAAGAUGCGGUGCCUGGGUCCGGUUCGCCAUCCACAUUCUGGGGCUUUUCCGCAGACGUCCUGCUGGGAUCGCAGCCUGAACUUGUGUUGUUCAGUCCCCAGGAACAUCAACUUUUCGAAAAGGCGGUUAGCUGUCCCAAAAUGGCGACAUCAAUCUCAGGGAUCCCCGCCAUGAUUGCCAAAGGAAGCUUUCUCGGAAGCGAUUCGAAUGAUCGACUCCGUGCAGGAGCACUAACUCAACUGGACCAGUCAUUUUUCCCCAUUCGUUCUCAACCCCAGAGUCGUUUCUUCUUCGAACCUCUCUCGCCCCCGAUUCGCCGCUGCGGUUCCCGUAUUAUUAUUAUCAGGCCAUCUCUUAUACCCUCCCUGCCAGGAGCCCCACUCCGCUCCAACAGAUUGAUCAACACGGGUUGGCUGAUCAUAUUCCACCAGGAUGACAGCAAGGACAGGGAGGCUUUUGCCGUGAUCCUUCUAGAAGAAAAUGAAGAUUACCCGUCCACUCCCGUCAUCUCCGACCCCCAGGAAGCAAGAGAGAAAGAGCCGAGGACAAAGGCAGACGCCAGAGCGAACAAGCUCACACUUCUCUCGCAAGGCGGUUCUGCAAGCCUCGUGUAA